AUGCCGUUCUUGCAGGCAGAGGCACCCCCUCACGUGCCUGAUGAGGAGACCAUGGAGUAUCUCCUCGGCGAGGAGAACAAGUCGACAAAGAGAGCAGCCAAGAUCUCGCCUUUGCAGGAUCUCGAGCCCGACGUCCAUCAGAGAACGGGUCUCAUCACCCUUGGCAAGCUGCAGAAGAGAAUCCAGGGAGACCCGUGGGGUUACUACUUCUCAUGGGCUGGCAAUGUUUCUCACCCGGAUGACGUGCGUGUGAAAGACAUCGUGACCUCCCUUUGCGAGAGACUACAGCAGUACAGUAUCCAAGAGACGGACGAUGUGAAGGCAAUCCGACAGCUUCUCGCGAUGGUGCCGACCACCGACGUUCUAGCAGUCGCCAAAGCACUCGCUGAAGACAGUGAAUACAAAGUCCUUGCAGACAACGACAACGAGACUGUGGUUAUCUUCCGCAUCGGUUCAAGGGCCGUCCGUCUGAUGCAAGCCAAAGAUGUUGAUGUUGACGAUCCGAAAUCCUACGGAGCCACCAAGCGAGCUGAUUCAUCCGCCGCCGAGGCAAAGCAAUACACUCCCGAUCCACCCAUGACCGUUGAGUUGCAACAGUACCUCAUGGCCCUUGCAAUUGUUGAAAAGGAUGAUUGGAAGGAUCUGAACAAGCGCAAGGAAUCAACCAGACUGAAGCGGGAAGAGCUUCAGACUGCGGAUUUGGACGAAGAGUCGAGGAAGAAGAAGCGGAUUCAGCUGCGAAAGGACACCAACAAAUACAACAAUCAUUGUGCAAAGUUCUUCCUCGGACUCCGAGACGCUAUCAGAGAGGACUAUUGGUUGCUCAAGACGCCAGUCCAGCGCGAACAAAUUCGAAACGCGUCGCAGGCAGCUGGUCUCGCCGAGGACCGGGACUUUUGCAGACAACCUGGAGACCCGGCUGAGCAUGCUUGGGCCCUGGUUGAGGAGGACGUCUUCGUCGUCACCGACAAGAAGCGCCAGGUGGUCUUCGCGAACCUGAGAAGGGGGUUCUUCAGCCCUCUUCCCGCCCCCGAGUCCUGCCGCCACGUCGUCGACAACUUCAUCCGCCGCCAGCACCCAGACCUAGACCCAUCCGCAGUGACUAUUGAUCGCCUCGCCAACGCCGUCAUAGCUGUUGCACACUACGGCUGCUGGGCUCACAAACUUGAUCCUCACGGGAAGGAUAUCGUGCGGACUAUGGACGCCAGAUUCGGGAGGACCCCCUGUGCCGAAUACCCCCCUGUUGUGUUUCCUGACUUCGCCAAGGCGGCCCUCGGCAUGGCAAGCAAGAUCACCAGAUUCCUGACCAAGCCGCUGGAUCCUGAAUACUAUGAGGACUGUGUCAAGAUGUUCCAGAACCUGCCUGAGCUUGCACGGGUGUCCACAGACGAGGAGGACUUCAUCAGCCUCUUCGCCUUUGGAGUCAAUGGCUAUACACAGCGCCACAGAGACGUGAAGGACAUCAGUGGAGGACUGACCGGAUUGUUCUCCACGGGUGAUUAUCAAGGCGCCAACCUUUGUGUGCCAGAGCUCGGUAUCAAGGUGCCCUACAAGCCCGGAACAUGCGCCAUCCUGCGUGGAGGCGACCUAGACCACUUCGUCCGAGACUUCAAAGGCACCCGGUACUUCAUCAUCGCCACCAACCACGAGAGCAGCCGCCAGUAUGCGCUCUGCAAGAUGGGCGACCCCCGGGCCCGGUCUCUUCCGGCCAAGCCCAAGAGUGACUCGCCGCAGGGCAAAGACAGACGCCGUGCGUCAGACGAGGCGCUGGAUUUCGACACUGACGAGAUGAGCGAGGAUUCGGACGACGGUGGUGGCUUCGAGGCCCCGUGUAUCAACCACCGCACUGACGAGGACGACUUGCCCGUGUAUACCAACAGGGAUCUGCAUGGCCCCAACGUCUUGUACUCGAGCAGCAGCAGCGAGGCUUCUUCACUGGACUAG